UCUUUUACUUAAAUGUAAAGUAGCUUCAAAGAGGUGACAUAUAUGGUUUUGAUACCGUCUCAAGCUAUGGGCUUUUGGGGAACACUUCUGUUUCUGAUCUUCCUUGAGCAAAGUUGGGGACAGGAACAAACCAGGUACAUCAUUUCAACCCCAAUUGUCUUCCGAGUUGGAGCUCCUGAAAAUGUUACAGUCCAAGCCCAAGGCCAUACUGAGGCAUUUGACACAACCGUCUCUGUAAAAAGUUACCCUGAUGAAAAUGUUCGUUACUCUUUCAGCACUGUUAAUUUAUCACCAGAAAAUAAAUUCCAAAACACUGCAAUCUUAACAAUUCAGGCCAAACAGUUGUCUGAAGGACAAAACUCAUUUUCAAAUGUGUAUUUAGAAGUCGUGUCAAAGCAUUUUUCAAAAUUAGAAAUAGUGCCAAUCAUCUAUGACAAUGACUCUCUCUUCGUUCAAACCGACAAGUCCGUGUAUACUCCACAACAGCCUGUAAAGGUUCGUGUCUACUCUGUGAAUGAUGACUUAGAGCCGGCCACCAGAGAAACAGUCUUAACUUUCAUAGAUCCUGAAGGGUCCCAAGUUGACACAAUAGAGGGAAAUAAUCUCACUGGGAUUGCCUCUUUUCCUGACUUCGAGAUUCCGUCUAAUCCCAAGCCCGGUAGAUGGACAGUCAAGGCUAAGUAUAGAGAAGAUGCUUCAACAACUGGAACUACAUACUUUGACGUUAAAGAACACGAUAUAACUUACAGAAUAUCUGUCAUGCCCACAAUUGAUCUGCAACCCGAGGUGGAAAAACAAGAAGCACACGGCAUGUGUCUUCAUCAGCCGACAGAGUGUCUGCGACGGAAGAUAAACGAGCAAGCUUCUACAUACAAACAUCGAGUGAUAAAGAAAUGCUGUUACGAUGGGGCCAGAUAUAACAUACAUGAGACCUGUGUGCAGCGAGCUGCCCGUGUGACGAUAGGCCCAAUCUGUGUCAAAGCCUUCACUCUCUGCUGUAACAUGGCACACCAGAUCCUAGAAAACAGCACCUUUAAGCACAUCCAUCUGUCAAUUCACCACAGAAGCUAGCAUAAUUGUCCUCUGAGUGGCUCCACCCAGCAACCAAGGGAAAGAGAUACAGAAACUCACAGCCAAACAUAAGAUGGAGCUCGGGGAGUCUUAUGGAAGAGUUGGGGAAAGAACUGAAGGACCUGAAGAGGAGAAGGAAGACCAACAGAGUCAACUAACCUGGUCCCUUGGGGGUUCCCAGAGUCUGAAUCACCAACCAAAGAACGAGGACUGACUGGACCUAGGUCCCCUGCACAUAUGUGACAUAUGAGCAGCUUGGUCUUUUAGUUGGUGUCCCAACAACUAACUGAAGAAGCUGUCCCUGAAUAUGUUGCCUGCCUGCCUGCCUGCCUGCCUGCCUGCCUGCCUGCCUGCCUGCCUGCCUGCCUGCCUGCCUGCCUGCCUGUGGAUCCUGUUCCCCUAAAUGGUCUGCCUUGUCUGGCCUCAGUGGGAGAGGAUGAACCUAGUCCUGCAGGGACUUGAUGUGUGAGGGGUAAUACCCAGAGUGGGGUUCCUGCACAAAGGAUAAGGGGAGGGUGGAAUGGGGAGAAGAUCUGCAUGGGGGUACUGGGAGGAAAGGCAGGGUUGAUAUGGGGAUGUAAAGUGAAUAAAUAAAUUUAAUUAAAAAACAAAUAUGGCAUUGAAUAAAUAUUAUGUUUAUUGGCGUCUGUGGGUGAGGCUUAUUUGGUAUGUAUUUGGUGUUUCAAAUUUUAAUGCAUGUUGAUGUUUUUAGCUUGUCAUUGGAGCUGAAUAAUACCCCAGCAACAGAUAAUAAUAAUAAUAAUAAUAAUACCCCA